GAAAUUCAUAUGGGAGUGUGUAGUAAUAAUAAAUCAACCGGAGAUCUUAAACUGAAUAUAUUUCUGAAAUCUCUGCUUUAUCACAACAUAGAUAAAUAGUUUACAGCCCCUAUUGGUACCAUCAAGGAUGAACCUUAAUUACAAGCAGAAAAUUUCAAAAUAUAAAUAUGGAAUCAAUUUGAAGCCUUAAGAAAAGUUAGGGAGGAUAAGAAUUCGCUGUAUAACAUAUUUGCUUUCUUUGCAUUUAAAUAGAUUGUCGAGAAAAAUGAUUAGGUUUUGCUAUAAAAAAUGUAAGCGGUAUCCCCGUCUUUAGAAUGGUAAGUAUAUGUGCAAGGAAAACAAAACUUAAGCAACAAAAUGAAUUUGAAAAAUUAAUUCCUCAAUUUGCUGGAGAAGGUUGUAAAAGAAAAUUAUCUUUUUGAAUUGUAUUAUUCUGAUAUUAAAAACAAUCGUAACUUCUAUGUGUUAUGUAUAAUAUUUUUUAGAAACUGGGCUUUUGAUAUUGCAUAAAAAAACAAAGCGAAACUAAGCAACCCAAAUGAAAUACAUAAAAUCUUAGAUUGGACUGUUCCGUUCAAUUUGACGGAUUAAAUACUACUUGGAGAAAUAGUUUAAAAUAUGAACUUGUAAAUUGUUAAUCUUAUAUUUAUAGAAAAAUUAAUAUUUUCGAUACAGAAACUCAAUCCCAUUAGCUAUUUGGAACAGCAUAAAACGAAAAUUAUAUUAUCAAAAAUUAAGAUCAACUUUACAUAGGCUUGCCCAAGCAGUAUUUUAGUAGAGUUAGGCCUUCUGCCAUUAUUUAUCAAUUAUACAAGUACACAAAUUAGGCUAGAAAUGUAGCUGCGGAAUAGUAGAGAUUUGUAAGCGAAGAUUUAAAUUAAUAAGACUUAAUUUAUGAGUAUUAAAUGACUCAAGCAAUGUUUCAAUAAAUCAAACUUAGAGGUUUUAAAAGAGUGAGAGGAGAUGGAAACUGCUUCUACACAGCCUUCAUCUAUUAGUAUCUAUCAAUAGUAAUAACAAAGUUUGGAGAUUAAGACUUUUUACAAUUUGUAGAAGUUUUACAAAAAAUUGAUUUCAAUCUUACUCACGAAACUAUUUAAAAUUUCCCAGUUGAGAUUAGAAAGGAUCUAAAGUAAAUAUUUCUCAGUUUUAUUUAUGAAAUAAUUGGAAGUAACAAUUAGAUAAAAACCUUUGAAAACGAGUUUCAAAAUACCAAAAGUAUCUUUUAUGCAUUAUCCAUUAUAUAUGCAAAAAAUUUGAUUCAUUAUUUUGUCGAACAAAAGUAACCCAAUUCUCAUAUUUAGUUCUGAAUAUAAAGUGUUAUUGGGAGAAGAAGCAGAAGAAUAGAUUUAGCAAUGGGAACUUGAAACCGAUAACAUUUAAGUGCUGCUUGUGAUUUUAGCCAAUUGUUUAAAUCUUAUUCUUCAUUUCUAUUUCAUUGACUCUGAUAACAAAACAAUUGAUUUACAACUCUAUUAAAAAUCAUAGAAUGAACUUACAUUACUAAAAUAAAAUGUUUAUUUACUAUUUUGCCCAGGACAUUAUUGUAUAGGAUUACCUGUAGAAAAACAAUGA